AUGAAAUCAUUUAAAAAUAUUAAUACAGAAGUUAAUAUUGGUAGAGUUUCAUGUGAUGUAAAAGGAUUGUUAGGUAAUAAUGAUUUAAGAAAAACAUUAACAAGAGAAUAUUUUAAAAUUCCAUUCUCAAAUAUACCAAAUGUUUCAGUUGGAUUAUGUAGUUUUCACAGUAUAUGUAAUCCAAGUAGUAAUAUUUAUUUUGACAUUCAAGCUAUAAAUAUUACAAAAACUUAUUUCGAUAUUGAUCUUUGCCUUUGGGGAAAUUUUAAAUCAAAUUAUGUAAUUGUAAAUUAUACUGCAAUUAAUUAUGAACCAAUUAAUAUUAUUGAAUUACCACCAACACCAGUAACACCACCACUACUACCACUACCACAACCAUCACCACUACUUCCAUCGCCACCACCAAUAUUACAAUUAACAUCAUUUUACACACUACCACCACCUCCACCACCAUCACCAUUACCAUUAUCAUUAUUACCAUUUCCAAUGAAAUUAAAUAAAAGAAAGGAAAAAGUAAAGGAGGAAUUGGAAAAUUUACCACCAUUUCCAUUCUCACCAAAAUUUAAUCAACCAAUUUUAGAUAUAAAUAAUAAUAUUAUAAUUGAAAAUUUAGUAUCUUCACCCUCAUCGUCAUCAUCAUCACCAUCGAUAAUUUCAUAUAAAAGGUUCAUUGGAAAAGAAGUUUUAAUUAAAAAUAUUAAAUAUUCAACCUAUGUUAGAGAUAAUAAUGGAAAGAUUGAUUUAUCAAUUUCAAAUAGAAAAUUGGAAAUGCAAAUCUGGAAAAUUGAAACUUCAAUUGUUAGUAACAAAAAUAAUAAUAAUAAUAAUAAUAAUGAUACAAUAAUGAUAUUAAAUAAACAUUCAAAUAAAUAUUUAAAGGCUAAUUCAAUUGAUGUUGGUGGUUCAUUAAUUAAUUCAAAUGAUAUUGAAAAUUAUUGUGUCAUUAAUAAUAAUAAUAAUAAUAGUGAUAAUAAUAGUGAUAAUGAUAUGGAAUGGAAACUUAAUGAAAUUAGACCAAACGUUUUCACAAUUAAAAAUCAAUUUACAAAUAAUUUCAUAAUUGCAAAUGAUAUAUGUGAAUUAUAUUCCAAUAUUAAUAUUAAUAUUAAUAAUCAUAAAAGCGAUAAUUUAAUGGGAGAAAUUGAAUUUGAAAUCAUUUUAUUAUGA